GGAAACAGUCUCCUAGCGGUGAGGUGGGGGUGAAAAGGGAGUCGCUGGGAAAACGGGUUAACCGGGCAACUAGAAGGAGCGACUCUUGUAACCGGGCCUCCCUGUCACGCUAAGCAGACGGACAACACACCAUCGUGGCGAGGACUCGUUUUUGAUGGAUGAUUUCCCUUUUUGUGGUAGCAAGCUGAGAACGCGCCUUUCUGAGUAUUAACUGGGAUUUUCUUUCCAGGGCGCCAUCCCCUUCCCCCCCAUCCCCUUGUCCUUUUUUGUUUUUCCAUUUUGUCCCUCCUCCACUUUGUUUUGACGGAUAGCACAUCAUAGUGGAGUGGAACUGAGUCCAUGGUUGGACCGGGCUGAAGCCCUCUGACAGACAAGAGGCUAGUAACUUAAAGAAGCAUGAGUACUGCAAAGCCCAGUGGGCUGAAAGCGCCCAGCAAGAUUGGCAGGCCAGCUGUGGCUGCUGCGAAGACAGCACCCUCCACAGCUGUGCCUAAACCUGUUCUGGCCGAAAAGUCUGCAAGUCCCGCCUCAGCAGAGCCGCAGGAUGCAGCAGAGAGCUUCCAGGUUGGGGAGCGUGUGUGGGUAAACGGCAACAAGCCCGGCUUUGUGCAGUUCCUGGGUGAAACACAGUUUGCGCCUGGCCAGUGGGCAGGCAUCGUGCUGGAUGAGCCCAUUGGGAAGAACGAUGGCUCAGUGGCAGGCGUGCGCUACUUCCAGUGUGAGCCUCUGCGAGGCAUCUUCACUCGGCCCUCCAAGCUGGCCCGUACAGAGGGCGAGGCCAAUGGCGCACAGACGGCACCCCCCUCCAGAGCAGCCUCCCCCACUUCUGCUGCCCCGGCUGCCACCACCGCCCCAGCCUCCGCAGCCAGUCCUGCUCCCGUUCCUGCCACGGGCUCUGCCCCAGCCGCAGCAUCAGCCCCAGUCCCAGCCCCCAAGAAGACCUCACCGACAGAUCCAGCCUCCAACCUGGCACGGGCCAAUAGUGAGUCUGUCUCCAACCUGUCCGAGGCAGGCUCAAUUAAGAAGGGUGAACGGGAGCUGAAGAUGGGAGAUCGCGUGCUGGUCGGGGGCACCAAGGCCGGUGUGGUGCGGUUCCUGGGUGAGACAGACUUUGCCAAGGGCGAGUGGUGUGGCGUGGAGCUGGAUGAGCCUCUGGGAAAGAAUGACGGGGCGGUGGCUGGAACCAGGUACUUCCAGUGCCAGCCCAGGUAUGGCCUGUUUGCCCCAGUGCACAAGGUGACGCGCAUUGGUUUCCCAUCCACCACACCGGCCAAAGCCAAGGCGGCUGCGGCACGCAAGUCCGUGGCCACGCCGUCCUCCCUCAAGCGCAGCCCCAGCGCCUCCUCCAUCAGCUCCAUGAGCUCAGUCACUUCCUCCGUCAGCGGCAAGCCCAGCCGUACAGGCCUGCUGACGGAGACAUCAUCUCGCUAUGCACGCAAGAUCUCGGGCACCACGGCUUUGCAGGAAGCCCUGAAGGAGAAGCAGCAGCACAUCGAGCAGUUGCUGGCCGAGCGGGACCUCGAGCGAGCCGAGGUUGCCAAGGCCACUAGCCACGUGGGCCAGGUGGAGCAGGAGCUUACGCUGCUGAGGGAGGGCCAGGAGCAGUAUGUGCUGGAGAUGGAGGCCAAGAUGGACCAGUUGCGUGUGUUGGUGGAAGCUGCAGACAGGGACAAGGUGGAGCUGCUGAACCAGCUGGAGGAGGAGAAAAGGAAAGUGGAGGACCUUCAGUUCCGUGUGGAAGAAGCCUGCAUUACCAAAGGGGACCUGGAGACGCAGACCAAACUGGAGCAUGCCCACAUUAAGGAACUCGAACAGAGCCUGCUCUUUGAAAAGACCAAAGCUGACAAACUCCAGAGAGAGUUAGAAGACACUAGGGUAGCAACGGUUUCUGAGAAAUCUCGUAUAAUGGAGCUGGAGAGAGACUUAUCCCUACGAGCCAAGGAGGUGGCUGACCUGCGCAUGUGCCUGGAGUCGUCACGGGGGGUGGAGGCCGGCCACUUUGUGCCCUCUGGCUCAGAGGAGCUCAGCUUGCUGAAGGCUCAGCUGGCAGCACAGGGUGCGGAGCACCAGCACGAGCUAGCUGUCCUGAGGGAACGCUUGGAGGCCAGUGAGAAGGCCUGGCAGGAAGAGCGUGCCCAGCUGAAGGCCAACAGUGACCAGCUCUCCCAGGAAAAUGAGCUGCUUCAGGGUCGCCUUAGCCAAGCUGAAAAGGAGAAUGCGGAUGUCGUCCAACUGUGGCGGACCAAACUCGAGUCGGCCAUUGUCUCCAACCAGCAGACCAUCGAAGACUUGAAGGUGUCCUUUGGCAAGGAUGCAGGAGCUCAGUCUGCUGAGCUGGUGGAACUGAAGAGUGCCAUAGAGAGGCUGAAGAUGGAGCACAGUUUGCAAUUGGAAGAGCUUAAGUCCAGGAAGGAGGCUGAGGGAACAUCCAGGUCCCGUGAGAUAGAGGAUCUGCAUGGCCAGUUGAUGCAUACCUCAGAAGAGAAGGAGAGGCUGGCAGAGUCACUCCGCAGCAGCCUGGAGAGUGCUGAAGAACAGCACCUGGUGGAGAUGGAGGACGUCCUGGGCAAGCUUCAUGCUGCUGAAGUGAAGGUAAAGGAGCUAGAGGACUUGGAGGGCCAGUAUGAGCAGCAGGUCUCUGAGCUGCAGGCUCUGAGGGAGCAGGUUAGGGAGUCCAGGGAAGCCCUGCAUGCCCAGGAGGUUCAAGGUAACCAGGAAGUUCAGAAACUGAGGGCCAGUGUGGAGGCAGCUGAAGCCACAUCCCACUCGCAGUCUGCCAAGGUCACAGACCUGGUCAGAGAACUGGAGGGCAGGCAGCAGGAGAUGCUGUCCCUCAAGGAGAAGCUGGCAGCCACUGAUAAAGAGAGAUUCUCUUUGGAGCAGCAGCUGGGUAACCUGAAGCAAAACCUUGAUGGUUCAACAGCAGAACAGAGUAAAACUGCCCAAAUCCUGCAAGAAACCUUGGAGAAGCUUGGUGAGAAAGAGGCUCAGUUCACCGCCCUUUUGACAGAGACGGAGACCCUUAAGAGCCAGCAGGCCGGGAUGGGCAGGAAGAUGAAGGCAGCAGAGGAGAAACUGGACAGGCUGACUGCAGACAAGGCCAAGCUGGAGAGCGACAUGGCAGACAUGAUGAAGUUGUCGGGAGACAGCUCCGCCCAGCUAACCAAGAUGAACAAUGAGCUCAACCAGAGAGAGAGGUGCGUGGAGGAGCUGCAAGCCCAGCUUUCUGAGGCCAAGGAGCAAGCAGCAUACCUGGAAGAGAGUCGGCGACAGAGUGAGGAGCGGGUGGCCCAACAGCUGCGGGAGGCAGAGGGGAAGCACCAGGCUGAGCUGCAGGGACGGAGUCAGCAGCUGGCCCAGCUGGAGGCGAGCAUGAAACAGGUGCAGGCCCAGAACGAGGAGCUCCAGGCCUCCCAAGCCAUCUCCCUAAAGAAGCAGACAGAGCAACACAACCAGCAACUCCAGGAUCUUCAUGCCAAGCUGGAGGCGGUCGAGCUGGAGCUUGGUACAACACAAGGCCGCACUGUGGACCUAGAACAGCAGGUGCUUGAGCUGAAGUCCUACAAAGAACAGGCCCAGUCCCUUGUUGUCGAGCUAGCCUCCUCCAAGCAGGAAGCUGAGCAGUUAGGUGCACAGUUGGAGGUUCAGACAUUAGAAUUAGAGAGAGCGUCUAGAGAGAUCGCUGAAUCUGGAGCUCUGAGAGAGGCCCUUGAGACACAGCUCUCUGAUGCCGCCGUGAAUCUCUCUACACUGGGAUCCAGCCGCACAGAACUUCUGUUGAGAUCUGAGGAACUAAUGCAGCUUAAUAGGCAGGUUCUCCUACAGAAAGAAGCGCUUCACUCCAAGAAUCAGGAGCUGCACAAGGAAACAGCCGCAUUGUGUUUGGAGAAGGAGACCCUUUCCCAGGCCGUCGAGGAGCUUAGUGUCCGUAUAAAAGAUGUGGAACUGGCCAACAAGAGGUUUCAGGAUACUGAAGCAGAAUACAUGGGCCAAUUGGAGGAGCUUCGCAAGAUAAAUGCUGAGAGGCAGGAAGAUCUUCUAAAGUACCAACAGGAGAUCCAAAACCAGGAGAAUAACAGGAAACAACUCAUGAAGGACUACGAGAAGAUUUUUGAGGAAAAAGAAAGCAUCCAGGAGGAACUGAAGCAAAGCAAAGAGAAACUGACAUCUGAGCAGGAGAAGCUGGCAGUUGCAAUAGACUUGGUCAGAGAGGAGAACACCAGCUUAAGUACCAAGAACACUGAGCUAGAGGCCAGAUGGGCUUCACUUAACAUGGAGAAAGAGGAUCUUUACGCAAGAAAUGCUCAGCUGCAUGCAGAGGCUAAUACUCUUGAGAAGGAAAAAGCUGAGAUUCUUGAACAGCUUCAGUCAUCUGUUUCUGACAAGGAAGCUCUUGGAGUGGAAAAAAGAGAUCUUCAAAAUCAACUGCAUGCUACCAAGAAAGACCUGGAGAAGUCUCUUUAUGACAAUACUGAGUUGCAGGCCUCUAAAAACAGCCUGGCCAAGAUGCUAGAGGAAAUUAAAACCAGCAGGGAGAUCACUGACUCUGAAAGACUCCACCUUUUGCAGGAGAAGGAAGACUUGUUGGCUCAUCAGAGGAAGGUAUGUAUGGAGAGGGCUGAGAUCCUCAGGGAGAAAGAAGAGCUGUCUGAGAAGCUCUGCCUCUCAGCCGCUGCCUUAGAGAAGUCCCAGCAAGAGGUCACAUCCCUGAGCCAGGAGAAGCAGGCACUCAACAGCAAGCUACAGGAAGCAGAGAAGCAACUUAUUGGCCUCCAAGCUGAGAAAGCAGCCCUUGACCUUGCAGUGCAGCAGCAUGUGAGUGAGAAGCUCUGUUUGGAGAAGGACAAGGGAGAUCUGAUAGAAAAGCAUGAAAGGGAAAUAUCUGAGAAGGAGGCUCUUGCAAAGGAAAAGGACAAACUGGCAGAUGAUGUCCAUUUCAUAAAGGAGCAGCUGGAGAACUCUUGCAGAAUGAAUGAAAACCUCCUGGAGGACAAGGUCGUUUUAACAGCCAUGCUAGAGGAAAUGAAAAGUAGCAUGAUGACGGUGGGUGCUGAGAAAUCUAUGAUGGAGCAGGAAAAAUCAGAUCUGCAAGUCCAGCUGCAGAUACAGUGCUCCCAUAAGGAAGCCCUUGAGGGAGAGAAAGCUGAUCUGAUAGAGAAAUUACAGAAACUGAAGGAUGACUCUGAUUAUGUACAGAUGGAGGUGGUGCAGGAAAGGGAGACCUUGAAGGCAGAGAGAGACUGCCUUGUUCUUAGGGAGACUGACUUGAUCCGGGGUCUGCAGGAGCUAGAAAAGGAGAAAAAGAAACUUUUAGCUCGGAUGCAGGACAUCUCUGCUCAGAAUGAAAGUCUCUCAGGAGUAAAACAGCAUGUGGAACUUCAGCUACAGGACAGUGCCAGUGAAAUAAAGAAGCUGGCUGUAGCUAAGGACGUCCAGGACAGAAAAGUGACAGACCUUCAGGGAGAGCUGUGCACUCUGGCCAUCAGCCUGAAGGAGGAGCAAGGCAAGGCCAUUGCCUUUAUCCAAGAGGCAGAGACCCUGAGGUUUCAGCUGAAGCAGAUCAGUCUAGAAAAAGAGAACCUGGUUGCUGAGAAAGCAAGCAUUGCUGCUAAGUUAGAAGAGGUGGGUAGAGAAACUGCCUCUAUGGCCAAGGAGAAAGUAAACCUCCUGGAUGCCAAAUCCAAGCUCGAGCAAGAGAUGGAGUCCUUUCUCAAUGGUCAGGAGGCGAGUGCUGCUGAGAGCUUAAGGCUCCGGCAGGAGGCUAAAGCCCAGCAGGCCACCUUGUUGGCGCUGGAGGCAGAGCUUGCCACGCUUCGGGUUGAGAAGGCCUCGCUGGAGGAGAAGCAGCGGGCAUCCCUGGAAAAGGCAGACGCCUCUGGCCGAGCCCAGGCUGAAAUCUCUGCUAGCCUGAGUGCCUUACAGGGCGAAAGGGAGACCCUGGUCAGGGAGAGGGACCAAGCUGCCCAGAAAGUCAUGCAUCUCGAAGCCCUGCACAAAAACGCUCUGUCCCAGCAGCUUGAGGCCGCCCAGUCUGCUGGGCAGCUACAGCAGGCCCUGGAGCAGCUUACACAGGAAAAAAAUCGGCUGCUUCAGGAGAGGAGUGGGAUCCAGACCCGCCUGCAGGAGAGCCAAGGGACCAUGCAGGAGCUGCAGGCGCAGCUGGAUACCCUGAAACAGCAGAACUCCAAAUACCUGGAGGAGCUGAGUCUGUCAAGGGAGCAGCUCGGCUCUGAGAACCAGAAGAUCAGCAGCCUGUCCAGAGAGAUAGAGGAGCUGAAGCUGGCCACUACCCAGAAGUCUCAGCGUCUUGCUGCUCUGCAGGAGGAAAACACUAAACUGGCCAAGGAGCUGGAUAGCAGUCGACAGGAAGGAAGCUGUCAGAAGGAGCUGGAAGAUGAGCUCUCCACUCUGAACAGUCAGCUCCUUCAGAUGAAGAUGAGAGAGAACUCCCUGAAGAAGGAAUCUAACGAGGAGAAGAUCUCCUUCCAUCAAUCCAUCCAGAAGAGCAGCACCUUGAUCUCGGCAAAGGACAAAGAGCUGGAGGCCCUGAGAAACGAGAUCGCCGUCUUGCGGGAUGAAAAUGUCGUCGCUAAGACAUACCAGUCAGCCGUCCGCUCCUUGGAGCUGGAUAAAGCGCGACUGCAGGAGCAGGUGCGGAGCCUGGAGCAAAGGCUGGUGGGGGGCGAGCCCACUGCCCCUGGAGGAUCCUCAGGUGAUCCAGCUCUGGCACAGCUCCGGGAGGAGAAGGAGUCAGCUGAGAGCCAGCAGGCAGCGAUCGACUUCCUGAACUCGGUCAUCGUGGACCUGCAGAGAAAGAACGAGGAGCUGAAGUCUAAGCUGGAGAAGAUUUCGGAAGCGGCACUCAAUGGAAAUAAUCCUGACGAGCUCGACAGCUACGACUGUUUCGGUGAGGACCAGCCCAAAAAGAAGCCCCCACCACGGCUUUUCUGCGACAUCUGUGACUGCUUCGACCUGCACGACACUGAGGACUGCCCCACACAAGCUCAGACGCCCGACUCACCGCCCCACACAGCUUACCACGGCAGCCGUGCUGACGAGCGGCCCUACUGCGACAUCUGUGAGGUGUUUGGCCACUGGACCGACUCCUGCAAUGACGACCAGACGUUCUGAGCCCUUGUCGUAACUUCACAUGCCUCAGGCCCAGAACCCGACCGCAUGGCAAACUUGCUCAGUUUGGAUUGCCAUUGCUAUCUGUGUGAUUAUUAUUAUAAUUAUUAUUAUUAUUAUUAUUAUUAUUAUUGCCCUACUGUAAGCGGAGCUGCUUUCACUAUCUGCCUGGAAACGCUUGCUCAGUUUUAUUGUUUAAAAAAAAGACAAUGCAAUCAUGACUACAAAUUAUACUGUUAUCUUUUUUUUUUUUUGAUACCCGUGCCAUGCAUUCUUUUUUUUUUUGCAAGUGGGUUCACACAACCUGCAGACAUCAGUAUUGUCCUGCAUGUUUGAAAACCUGAAGAACUCUGUUCUCUGUUCACAACUUUGGCUGAGGCACUGUGUGUGAAGACCUGCCAAGUCAGCUUCUACGAACCGUUGCCCUUCACACUUCAUUGUUUCUCUUUCCCCUUUUAAGUAUUGCAGCUCCUUUUAACUGCCUUUGUAUGAAUGUGUUUAACUUAUCAUUUUCAAAGGAUAAAAUAUUAGAGUUAUCAUGCUGUUAUUUUACAUAUCACUUUUUGUUCCUACUGGUGUUUAUCUGUACAAAAAAGCUUUGUUGAAUGUUUCUCUCUAUAUAACUGUAAAAUAAAUAUGAAGAAUGCAAACUAAUUCAUAA